UUUUGGUUUUUAGAAUUACCGUUUAAUUCAAAAUGGCGGCGUCCUUAAGACUUUUGUGUAAAGUUACCAAUCGGUUCCAGAUAAAUUGGAAAAGUUCUUUUUCUUUAUUAAAAUCUACAAAGCGGUAUUUUUUAUCAGAAACAUACUCUUGUAACGAUGCGUGGAACAAAUACCUACAGGAUCCAACUUUGAAAAAGAUUUCUUUAAGUGACUUUGCUUACCAAAUACAAGAGCAGCUACAGAAAGAUGGUAUGGUUUCAGCUGUUGAUAUUAAUGUUCUAGCUCACCAGCUUCAACAGCUAGAUGAAGAUGAAGCUGAAUUUAUGGAGGAUAUUCUUGCAAAGUUCAGCUUGUGCCAAAAUAGUUUACCCCGCUGUGACGCGACAUACCAUGCCAUUGUUUAUGGAUAUUUGGCUGCUGGACUUUCAGAUCGCCUUCCUCCCCUCCUAACAGAUCGUUUAACCUAUGGUAUUUUCCCCAACCAUUACACAUUGAAUUUGCUAUUAGAUUACUUCAUCAAACAUGAGCAAAUAGCUUCUGCUGCCAAAAUGUCCUAUUUAUCAAUGUUGCAAGAAGAUUUUACUAAUCCUAUAACAACGCUGCUAUCCUUGUAUGCAACUGUCAAUCAUCUUCUUACAUCUAAUAUUGAUGACUUAGCUUUACCACCUGUACAGCCAGUGGAAGGUGAAGAAGAAAAAUGGAUUAAAGUCAAGUACAUUAAAUUUCCUCAUUAUGAUGAUCACUUUGACAUUAAGGAUGAGCGUUUCCUUUUGGGUAAAACUCUGCUUUAUCUGGCUAAGUCACAGAGCGUUAGCAUUCCCAAAGAGCUUUGCAACUCAUUGAAGGUCAUUGGUAGUGGCCUCUACCACAAGUUCACAAAGGGAUUGGAAUAUUUAGAAAGUAUAGCUAAUUCUCCUGAUGGCGUCAUUUCACAACACGCUCUAAACUAUUUUACCCAGUCUUUAGAAAAAGUGGAAGCCCGUGAUCCUAAUGAGCCAGAAGUAGAAAUAGGCUUAAGAACAAUUGAUGACGUCAUUCAUAGAUUGUUACCCACCACUGAUGAGAAGCUUGAGUACCAGACUGUGUUAUCAAAAGUAGAAGAGAGAUUAAAAACGUCUGGAAAGGUUGUUGCUGAUUAUGAUUUAGGUCAAGUUGUAAAGGAACUAGUUGUGUCAAAUUUGGCACAGCUUGAGCCAGCAGACAUAUCAGCACAGCUAAAAUUGUUUGAUACAUGGACACAAAAUCGUAAAGAAGAACUGGAAAAGCAAGUGUUUGAAUAUGAAAAGAAUUUAAGAAUAGAAGAGAUGAAAGUACAAAUUAAAGAAUUAAAAGAAAAGGAAGAGAUUUUAACAUAUUUUGAUAAUGAAGAAAAGCUACGGUUAAAGUUUUUAGAGGAAGACUUGGCAAAAGAUAAAAAUUUGACAAUUUCUCAAUAAAGUAACUGAAUUACCAAC